GCGUUGCAUCAUUCGGGACAGAGACCUGCUGCGAAAGCUGCUGUGGUAGUUUCUCUGCUGCUAUUUAAGAGUUUAUUCAGGAAGUGAAAACAAAAUCAGGGUGAAGGAAAAGCAAUGCCCUGCCUGAGCUGUGAAUACCUGUCAUGGUGAGGCUGGGGCCCUGCAGGAAACCCAGUGAGUGGGAAUCCUCAGGCAGUCAGGGAGCUCAGGGAGCCCUUAAAGGACUCUCCUGAGAUGGGCAGGGACCACAUCUUCUCUAGCCCCCAGCAAACAGGCCCACAACCAACAAUGGGAGAGGCACUGGAAGUGGCUGCAUCAGGCUUUUGCCUUUUACAGGACCUUUCAACUGUGGCGCUGGAACUGUAAUGUGCUUUAAAACGUCCCUGGGAGUGGGCAAGGCUGCCAGGGCUCUCAGCUGCAGUCAUCCUCCACUGCUUUCGUGCGUGGCCUGGGUUUGCACCCCUGUCACAUGGAAGCCAUAGCAUCCACCAACACUGGGGUUCACCCGGACUGCACAUCCCCCUCCUGGGCACUGCAAACUCCCGGACUCUGCAGCCUUUCAGCCCUCCUCUGUAGGGAACAAUUUCUACUGAUCGGAAAAGAAAACACCAGCACAAAGUGGCCACUUUCCAGCUGGCUCAGCAGAGGAUGGCCCUGGCCUGGAGAAUGGCAGGGCUCCCCGUUCGGCCUAGGGAGAGGUCCAUUGGGCUGGGAAUCAGGGCACCAGGUGUCCCUAGCUCUCUGCCCUUCACACCCUUAUCACUGAGCAAGGAGGCGGACAAGCAUCAGUCCCUCCAUCCUAUGAUCAGCUCUCAGGGGCUGCAGAAGGUCUCGCCUGUCAGAUCAGGGAAUAGAACCCACGUCUCUGCCGUGGGAGACCAUGAACAGACCAGCUGAGGGAAACUGGGCUGCUGGUGUGCAUCAUGUUCGCUGGGGCCCCACCCCCUCCUAUUUCACUUUUUUACAUAGACGCUACAGCUGUUUUGGGGGGCCUGAACUGAGGCCCUGGUACAAUUGUCUCCCCCUCAUCAGCCCUGCUCAUGGCUUCUGCACUUAGCCUCACUGCCUCUCCAAAAGAUUAGGCCAAAUCUAGGUGCUUGGCUAUGCAGCCUGCUCACUCUGCAAAGCCCAGUCAGACGCAUGGCAGACGGGCUGUUGUUAAGGACAUCCUCAGAUGUUGUUUGUUGUACAGGCUGGUUGCAAGCUGGGACCCAGGCAACUCAGCAGCUCAGUAAUUGUAUAGAGCACAGAGUGAUCUCUCUGUCUUGUCCCCUCUCCUGCACACUGGCUUUCUGCUCCCUCCCGGUUCACACAGAUAGGCCGCCGUCCCCAGUCAACGUGACGGUUACGCACCUGAAGGCAAACUCUGCCACUGUCUCCUGGGAUGUCCCGGAGGGAGAUGUCAUCAUUGGCUAUGCCAUCUCACAGCAGCGGCAGGACGGGCAAAUGCAGCGGUUCAUCCGGGAGGUGAACACCACAAACCGGGCCUGCGUGCUGUGGGACCUGGCGGAGGACGCAGACUACAUCAUCCAGGUGCAGAGCAUCGGCCUGCACGGAGAGAGCCAGGCCAGCAAGAGGGUCCAUUUCCGGACCCUGAAAGAGACCGAUCGCCUCCCCUCCAACAGCUCCAACCAAGGGGACAUCACUGUGGAAGGGCUGGACAAGGAGCGGCAGCUCCAGACCGGGGAGAUUGUCAUCAUCGUGACUGUGCUGCUCAUGUGGGCAGUGAUUGCGCUUUUCUGCAGACAGUAUGACAUUAUCAAGGACAAUGACUCCAACAACAACAAGGAAAAGGCCAAGCCGUCCUCAGAGCACAGCACGCCGGAGCGACCCACGGGGGGGCUACUGUACAGUAAGAAAAAGUCUCUGUCUGUCAAUAUCAUUGAGGUGUGAGCACAGUCCAGCUCUGGAUCUGGGAAUGCUGCCAGACCCAAGGAAGAUCAUGGGAUAAAAGAACAGCAGGCUGCCAGCCUGCAACCCUCAGCAUGCAAAGAAUUAUCAGAAAUUAUGCUUCUUCCAAGGCCUUCUCCCCUCAAGGGGAUCUGCAUGGAGACCGUUUGGAUGAUGCAUGCAGAACUCAGCCUCACACCCAUCAUAUAACCACGCACGGGCCACUCAGGAGUCAAUGGGGAGCCUGGAACAGCACCAAAAGAACAAACAGCAAUAUCCAGAUUUCAAGGGAUGGGGGAGCCUUCUGCUGAUGCAGGGAUAGUCGUGGAAGUGGGAUCUCAUGGCCCUGUCACCCAGCAACUGUUAGGUAAAUGGCAGUGUGUCCUCAUGUUCAUGCUGUUACAGCCCUAGGUAUGGCCAGACCUAAGCCAGGGCACAGACAUAGCUCCAGUUACCUAGGAGGGGUCUAGCUCUCAUCCAGCACGCCUGGAGACUCAGAGGGAUUUUCUGUUUGUUUACAGUCCCAGAAAAGUGCCCACUUUCCAGCCCCCUAACCCUGCACGCCCAGACUGUGGGGCUCAUAGAGGUGGAGCAGGUGCUAGCUCAGGAAGGGCUGGCAAGAGAACUGAUCGGAGCUGGGGAGGUUUCCUGAACACUCCCCAACAUCUGGAGUCUGAAUUGCAGGAUGGCCCCAUGCGCCCUGCAGACGUGACCAGAGAUGGAAUCCCAGCCCAAGGAGGCAGGAAGUUGGCUGGGUCAUUGAGCUGACUUCAGCUGCUGGCAGCUCAGAUGAGCUUCCAUCCCUUCCCUUAGUGUGAGUGAGACCACCCCAGGGAGGUGAGGACCUCAGACCAGGAAGUGCCAACGCUGCCUUGUGCUGUGCCCGGCAAACAGCAAAGCAGGGCCUUGCUGCAGAGACAGCGGGAUGCAGGGGAGAGUUCUCCCUAUCACAUCUCACGCCUGCCCAGUUUGUAGGGCAGCAGGGACUUACCCAGUGCCCAUAAAAACAUAUCCCCUGCUAACAACAUUGCCUGGGAGGUCUCCAGGUCACGGUUCAGCUCUGGGUGUGGGAGGGAAAUCUAGCACAUGUACCUCUGAGUCCUCUCCUCUGCCUCCCGCAAAGGCUUCCAGCAUGCAGAAGCUCUGUUCCAGCAGCCCUGGUGCAGGCCACAUGGAGCUACAGUCUGGACCACUGGGAAACAUCCCCAGGCCACAGAGAAAUGUGUGUGGCAGGGGAGAGAAUAUCAUGCUGAAUCCCCAAGCCCCUGGGGGACAAAGGCCACAAUGCAAACUGCCUGUGGCCCAUAUGCCUCUGCCCAUCAGGCAAAGGCCUCAGCUCAGGGUUCUGCCCGAGCCCCCUCACUCUGCCAAGGCCUCACCAUAGGGCCUGCCCCAGCUCUAUCCUACUGCUCUUGCCCGUUUUUAAGCCUGGCAUUGAAGGCCUCACAGCAGGCCCUGCCCCGAUUGCAGUGUAGUUUUAUGUUGGGUCCCUAUGGCGUGUGAGGGGAUAGUUCCUUUACACACCAGUGCAUGGCCUAGAAGGGAUUGGUCUCCAGCCAGAGGGAGAUGUUGCUGCUGGAGAGAGGCUGUCCCAGGACUUCCCAGACACACAGCACCUGCUUUAUGGAGGAGGCAGUGGCGUCAGAGUCUGUGCAGGGAGCCAUUCCCCCUAGGAAAUGUGCCACUCCAGCCCACCCUCAUCACAUCAUCAGCCCUGAACCUGGGCAGAGUUCUGCCUCCCUACCCCAUGGCUGGCAUGGCAACCCUUUGCAGCCUCCUGUGCCCUCCAAUGACUGCCUCAUGGCGUAGUUUCCAGCGAUGCACUCCUGGGGUGGGUAGCAGGCCAUCUGGGAUCCAGGGGUUAAAUACAUCUGCCAACAGGGGCCUGGUGGGCAGGAUUCUAAGCCUGAGUUCUAUAGUGUCCAUUAUGUCACAACCCCACCCCAGUGUGCUCACAGACCCAGGCUCAGCAGGUCUUUAUAGCUUGAAUCCUUGCCUGUGCCCCAGCAUCACAUAGGGGAUACGCUUCCAGUCCAAUGGGGUUAUAGUCCCCCACUGCUCAGUGGCUGCAGCUGUUACUCCUUCCCCACAGAGCAGGAAGCAUCCCCUGGCCCAGGUUCCCAUGGGAGUGCGGUGCUUAUUCCCCUAGGACCUUCUCCUGGAAAGGAGCUGACCCAAGCAACUCCGAAACACCAAUGAAACCCACCAAGUUCUUGUACUGUAUGGACAAAACAGUUUGUCCGGCAGGGUGUCUGCACCGCUCACUGCCCAUCAGCCAGGGAGGCGUUCAGGGCAGAGGAGUACCCAGGGGUGGUUAAAGCUGAACACCUCAUGUUAGCACCCAAAUCCCAGGGUCCAUGUGGCAUCACCGUGGACUGAAUUCUGUCAUCUAGAACCAGCAUUGCUCCUAGCCAAAAGGCUGAGGCCAAGCCAACCCCAGCCCCUCUCCCCCACAUCUGCCUUCCGCCAUCAGAAGAGAAGAGAACGGCCUCCACUGGAGGAAUGACAGGCUUGUAGCCUGCUCCUCCGGGGGCAGGAUGCUGUCUGUGCAGCCCCAGGAUUGAUGAGAAUCACAGGAUCCAGCGUCUUCCAGGAACUUAAUCUUCAAGCAAAGCAAUUUCAGACUCUUCCCUCCAGGUGCUGCUCAGCUCCUGCCAUGGGAAUACCGGGGGCAGGGCAAGUGACUCCCUGCAGCAGGGUCUUUUCAAUAAAAGUCUCUGGCUCAAA